AUGGCGCCAGGUCAAAACCAGGCUGCCUGGUGCUUGAACUGUGUGGCAGGUGCUAAAGGGAAGGCGGUGCUAAUAACAGGCUGUGACAAAGGUUUUGGACAUGCCUUGGCAAAACAGCUUCAUGCAAAGGGAUUUACUGUUUUUGCUGGGUGCUUGCUCAUGGAUGAGAAUGGAGACGGAGCCAGGGAGCUGAAGAACAUGAAGUCAGAUCGCAUGAAAGUGCUACAGAUGGAUGUGUGCAGUGACCAGGAGGUAGCUCAGGCUGUGGAUUUUGUGAAGAGGACACUAAAGGAGCCAGAGGAAGGUCUGUGGGGCCUGGUGAACAAUGCUGGUGUCUCAACCUUCGGAGAGGUGGAAUUUGCAAGUUUAGACAACUACAAGAAGGUGGCAGAGAUCAACCUGUGGGGCACUGUGAGGGUGACAAAGGCUUUCCUGCCCCUCAUUCGCAGAGCUAAAGGCCGUGUGGUGAAUAUCACCAGUAUGUUGGGACGGAUGGCGAGUCCAUCUCGGUCCUGCUAUUGUGUUUCCAAGUUUGGGGUGGCGGCCUUCUCUGACUGCCUCCGGCAGGAGAUGUACCGCUGGGGUGUCAGAGUCAUCCUCAUUGAGCCCAGUAACUUCGUGGCAGCCACAGGCAUCCUGACAGCAGAUGGCGUCGACCAGCAGGCUGAGGCUCUGUGGAGUGGGGCCAGCCACACCGUGCAGGAGGACUAUGGGAGGGAAUAUUUCACUCACCACGUGGCCUUGAUGAAGUAUUUUGUUAACAGUGGCCUGAAGGACAUGUCCCUGGUCCUGGAUGACAUCACCGAAGCACUCACUUCCCCAUGUCCGAGCAACCGUUACAAUCCCAUGGAGAUGUACUGGUGGGUGAGGCUGCAAGUCAUGACCCACCUGCCCACUGCCAUUGCUGACUGGCUUUACAUCCCUGGAGCCAGCCUGUGA